GAGUGUGGAGUAGAGCAGGAGAGCAGAAAGCAGGGCAGGGCAGGGCAGGGCAUCCCGUGCCGUCCCCUUCCCUUCCCUUCCACCCCAAUUCCGUUCGAAUCGAUUCGAUCCCCAGCUCCCAUACCCAAACCCUAACCCUACCACCGCCACCAUGUCCGCCCGCAUCGACCUCAACAACACCGCCGGAUCCGCCUCCGCCUCCCAAACCCUGGCGCCAGCGCCACCCAAGCGCGGCCGCGGCCGCCCCCGCAAGAACCCCCCGCCUCCCGCUCACCCGCGCCCUCCGGAUCCCGACACUCCCAUGGUCGGCGGCUUCGCUCCGGGCGACAUGGUCUGGGGAAAGAAGCUCAACCACGCCGCCUGGCCGGGCCUCAUCUACUCCGCCGGAGGGAACGGCACCGGCCACGAGGGCCAGUUCCUCGUCUCCUACUUCGGCGACAAGGCCUUCGCCUGGUGCGACGGCGCCGAGCUCAGGCCCUACGAGCCCUACUUCCCCGUCGCCGAGCUCUACGACGACGGCGGUGAGGACUUCGACGCCGCCGUCGAGGCCUCCCUCGACGAGUUCUCCCGCCGCGUCGAGGCCGCUCUCGCCUCCGCCGCCCGCCCCUUUGCCCCCGCCGAUUUCCUCACCUCGCUCCACGAUCUCGCAGCGGAUCGCAUGGGCUUCACCAACAGGGUGCAGGCCGCCGUCGCCAAGGCGCAUCUCAGAGCCUUCGACGCCUUCAGGGCUCUGCCGGACCCACCUCAGUACACCUUGGAGCUCGGUCUGCUCCCACACAUCCCGCUCCCGCUGCCCAAUCCUAAGGCUGCCGCGGAUGCUGACACCACCCCCGCUUCCCCUUCCAGGAGGGGCAGGAAGAGGAAGGAGCAACUCGUCAAGGACUUCGACUCCGAUGAGGACUGGGACCCCAGGAAGAGGGGUGCCACCGACUCUGAUUCCGAUGUGGAUUUUGACCGCAGGAGAGGAUUCAGGGGCAGGGGCGGUGGCGGCGGUGCUGGCAGUGGCGCGCCCCGUGGCAGGCCUCGAGGGAGGCCCAGGAAAACAGAUGCCUGCAGGGACCCUGCACCACCACUCAAGGACAACAAUGACGACGGUGGCAUUCAAGACAAACUUGAGUAUCCAUCGGCUGCUGAGAUGUUGCUGCAGCUUUUGUCUGUCGCCGCUGAUCCUGUAAAUGGCAAUUAUGACUCUGCUCCUGUGAUUGUUAGCUUCUUCUCAAAGCACAAGGACUCUGAGGCGCCUAGUGUAUACGAAGAUAAAGAGCUGCUUGAGACUUUUGGUUGCAAGAAGGGUAGGAAAAAGUCCAUCGUAAGCUCAGGCCCAGCUACAAAGUCAGAAGCUGGCGAUGAUAAGGAUCAGUUCAUGACUGCAGAUGGUCAGAGGGGCCGGAGGAAGUCUGCUGGGAGCCUGUACUCAGCUAGAAAGGCUGAAGAUUCCUAUUGGUGUGAUAUCAUCAUCAGCGAUUUCGACGAUGGAGAUAGUGACUAUGAAGGUCGCAAGAGGAAGCGGCCCUCUCAGAACACUAACAGGAGUGCCAAUAAGAAGAUGAAGCAGGAGGAGCAGCCACCUCGAGGAGCCCCAUCGGAUGUGAAAAAUGGGGCUCCUACAGAUCCAUCAUUUUAAAUGCUGCAUUCUGCACUGGAUAUCCUGCGAUUCAGAGGAAAUGCACCAUGAAGUUUGGAGCAACGGAGCAUAAAUUGGUGUCACUGACGUAGAGUUAGGAUGGCUCACUGACCGGGUCACAUUAGUCACUGAGUUGAGUGAGCAAAUUUUAGGCUUUCUGUGGUUACAUGCAUCCAGACGACUGGUUCUGUACUUGGUACCGGAGUUAGCUUAUGUUAAAUCAUUAGAUUGUAGAGUAGAUUAUGUAGCGUGAUGCGCUUUGCUUUAUGUUAGCAACCUAUCUUUUUUGUAUUGCCUAGUAAUUGCACAGCUGUGGAUCUCUCUAUUAUGUUGUUUUUUCAGCGUAUGCUUCCCUUUUUGGCUCCUAGUUUACUUAAACUCCUAUAGAAUGCUGUGCUUCCGUGCUUUAUCAGCAUGGCAAGUGAAGCGGCAACUCCAAUGAAGUUCACACUCCUAUAAAACAAGCCAUGAUGGGAGAGUUGAAGCCGUUAUGUUGUCCAUGGUCAUAUCUGUUACGUUGGCGAGCUGAAGCCGUGAUGUUAUCCAUGGUCAUCUGUUACGUGAGGAAGUGCAUGAUUUUGUGUACUGUGCUUUACAAAGUAUGGUAUCCAUUCAGAUUUUGCUAAAAGAAAAUAGAGUGCUAUUGUUGUGCUGCCAUAAUACCAUAUGGAGAGCUGUGAAUCUACUGUCCAAUUUUUGUUGUGUA